AGACAUUAUUAUUAAAUAUUAAUUAAUUAACGCUGUGACUUUAUUAACUUUUAAGCUGUUAAUCGUUAUAAUUACAUUUUUUCGUUUAUUAGCUAUUUGGCUUGUUAAACUUUUUCUACUAUAUAGUGUACUGAAUUGUAUUUUACCGGAAUAACCUUUUCCUAUGAUUUUUAACUAUACAUUUAUCUAAUUGUACCUAUUGUUUUGUUUAUUUUAAAAUACUUCUUGAAUAUUGUAUUUUCCUAUCUUUUAUUUUGGAUUUUUACUUCUAACAAGUAACAAUAAUAUUAAUUUUAUACAUAAUUACAUUUAAAAGUGCCAAAAGUUAUUAUUUUUAAAGGCAAUCUAAUACAAAAUUUAAAUUUAUUUUUCAAAAUGAGUAUGUUAUUUGAUCAAAUAAAAUUGUUACACAGUCAAAAGUUACACUCCAAUGUCAUAAAAGUGGCAGAGAUGGUUUUAAAAGUUAGUGAACACUCAACAGAUAUCUUAACAGCCCCACAUAAAUUCCGUAUAUUAGCAUAUCAGGGUGAUUCACAUUAUUACUUAGGUAAUUAUCGUCAAGCAGAAGCUGCGUAUAAAACAGCAUUGACCUUUAAAGAUGCCUGUUCUACAGCAAAAGCUACACAAAAACAAUAUGAUGGCUUAAAAGAUCCUAUGCCUGAUUUAGAUAUAAAAUAUCAUUUGCAUUUAUGUUUGGUGAAAUUAAAAGAUAAUAAACAGGCUUUAGCUAUUUUACAAUCAGUACCAUCCAAACAAAGAAAAACUAAAAUUAACAUGGCCAUAGCAAAACUAAAUCAUCAAAUGGGCAAUAUUGUUCAUGCUGUUACUGCUUAUAACAAAGUUUUAAAAGAAUGCCCACUAGCAAUUGAAGCAGCUGAAGGGCUUUUGAGCUUAGGUGUUAAAGGAAAUGAAGUAAAUGCUAUUAUGUUAGAAAUGGUUGGAAUUAAUGGACUUGAAUGGAUUAGUGGUUGGAUAAAAGCCCAUGCCUAUCUAUUUCAACAGACUGAAUAUCCUGCAGCUAUUAGUACCUUAAAACAGUUGGAUGAUAAUUCACCUUUAUGCAAUAGUAAUAGAUUAUUAGUAGCUAUUGGAAGAUCAUAUUAUUUUUAUGGAGAUCGUAAAAAUGCACUAAUUUACUUACAAAGAGCUUACAGGUUAAAUCCACUUAUGCAAGAUGGCCUGUGUACUCUAGCUAUGUGUCUAUACAUGGAAAAACACAACAGAGAGUUAGAAAAAUUACUCCCGACAAGUUAUGCAGAUGAAUCAUCGAUUGAUUCCCAUAUGUGGAUUGUUCUUGCUUUUGUAUGCUAUAGUAAUAGUAAUUAUUCAAAAGCUUUGUGUUUGGCGCAAAAGGCUUGUUCUGUUGAUUCAAGAAAUAUUGAAGCAUUAUUGUUGCACGGAAUGAUAUUAACAAGUAUGAAAAAGUAUUCUGAUGCUAUUUUACAAUUUCGUAAAGCUAAUGAUAUUGCUUCUUAUCUGUUCGAUCCACAUAAAGGUAUGGUAGAUUGUUACAUAGCAUUGCAUAAGAUGAGAAAUGCUGUGACAGCUGCUAGCAAUUGUUGUAAACAAAUGAAUAACCAUCCAAAAGCAUUAACUUUAUAUGCUUCAAUAUUAAUGAAAGAUCCAAUGACUGUUGGCAAAGCAAAAAUACUUUUGGAAAGAGCAUUAAAUGUUGACGAAUAUUAUCUUCCAGCAAUAUAUAUGAUUGCUCAGAUAUUUGAACAAGAAGGAAAUUACAGUCCUGCUGUUGCUGUAUUACAUAAGCAAGCAUUAGAUCAACCAACUUGUAGAUUAUAUCAAAUGUUGGGUGAUUUAAGUGUCAAACAAAAUCAAUUAGAAAAAGCAUUUGACUUCUAUUAUUCUGCACUAAAUCUUGACCCGAAUAACAAACGAGUUAUGGAGAGUUUAGAGGGUUUGGGAAAACCGUGCAAUACUUCAACAGCCACAUCCGCAGAUUCUACUGGACCCGUUUUAAAUGGUUCACUUUUAGAUGCGACAUUUAGUGGUGUUAAUAAUGCUGAAAAUGAAUCAACACCAUUCAAUAAUGCUGUACAUGAAGAAGAUACAUUCAUGGAUUCUGAUCAUGAAGGAUCUGGAUCUGACAUAUCUAUAUAAUUCAUGACAGUUUUUACCUAUGCCAACGAACUCGGAUAUUAUAAGUUUUCUUAUUGAUCUGCCUUGUGAUUAUGACAUGAAUAGUGGACAAUCUCACCAUUUGGGCAUCUUACAAAUGCACUGAAACAUUAAGAUAAUGAACAUUUUGUUUUUUAUUAUUUAAUUAAUUAAAAUACCUUUGAUUUCCAAA